CUUCACCUUUUCUCCCGUUGCAUUCAAAAAUUUAUGACAAUCCUACCACUCAAGCGGAAAAGCCAACGCCAUCAUGUCAAGCCUGAUGAAUUAUUCCGAAACAGACGAAGUAAUAACCGCGUAAGUGACCUUUCUCCACAUCUGAUCGCAACUCAUCUCAUCCCACUCAUUUAUACAAAGUUUCGAGGGCGCAAUCGAGACCCGCAUAAUCGCGCACCCUAAACGUGCCUUCGCCUUCGAGGUCCUCUUCCACCUCUCCCACCCCCGACUCCUCGCUCUGGGCACCCAAAAGCCCCCCUUACACUUUCAUCCUUAUCAAGAGGAGUAUGUCCAAGUCAUCGAAGGUCGUUUGGUGGUGGAGGUUGAGGGCAAAGAGAAUAUACUAGACGAGGGGAGUGGGGAAUUUUGCAUUCGACCUUGGUCGAAUCAUCGUUUGUUUCCAGUUCAAGGAGAGGCGAGACACGAAAACGAGGGAGACGAAAAGGUAACAAAAUUCCUGCUUUCUGGAGAGGAAUGCCCAAGAGCCUUUAGAUUGGAUAAAAUCUUUUUCGAGAAUUGGUAUGCGUAUCAGGACCUUUUGGUGGUACAUGGGGAGAGGCCGGAUAUUUUGCAAAUGAUGUGUGUAUGUAUACAAUCCUCAAAAUCUUAUACGGAUACUAAGAGCAAACUCUGAUGAUCCUUAAUUAGAUGUUUGACGCUGGUGCUUCUUACUUGGCCUUGCCGUGGUGGGUGCCUUUUGGACAUACCGUCGCGUUGGUUCUGGGGAUUUUGGUUGGGAGGUGCCUGGCUGGUUUGCUGGGAUAUCGGCCCUAUCACCAGAAGUGGACGAAGGACUGGCAGUUGGCUUGUGAGAAGAUGGAGACAUUCGCAUUAUAUCGGCGCUCUGGGGAUCGUGCUAAGAGGGGAUAA